AUGCAGAAGAUUUUCAGCCUGGACACGUACUUGGGUCCAUUUUUAAUGCGAUACCUUGGCAAGUAUGUAAAACUGCGCGAUGAUCAAUUUGAACUCUCAUUAUGGGGUGGCGAUGCUGUUCUCAAUCACGUUGAGCUACAGUAUGAUAUUUUCGAGCAUCUCAUUCCACUCCCAAUCGGCUUCAAAUCGGGUCAAGUUCACGAAUUACGCAUCCACAUUCCUUGGACACGCCUUGGCUCAUCGAGCAUAGUCAUAACUCUUAACACCGUGGAGUGUAUCCUGGCUUUGAAGAAACCAGAAGAGUCCAACUCUAGAAAUCGAGGUCCACCUCCAUCUUUUACUUCAUCACCCCCUGCAACUCAAGAUGAGCCUCCCCCAGGCUACCUUCAAUCCUACUUAAAUCGUAUCCUCUGCAACAUUCAGGUGGUUGUAAACAACUUAAUUGUUAAGUUUGUUGAAGACACGAUCGUGUUGUCGUUAAACGUUCGAUCGCUUGACUGUUUCCCAACAUCCUCAAACUGGAUUCAUGGCAUACCUUCAUUAAUUUCAAACCAGAACUUCUGCUUAUAUCGGCUGCUCAAGCUGACUGAUCUCACAUUGUGCAUGGACGAAAGUGAUGCAAAGGGUCACAUCGCCGCUUACCAGGAUCCAAUCGUCUACCGCUGUAACCUUGAGGUCCGAAUCCAAACCGUCUACUCACAAAAGAGCUAUUGUUUCAACAAUGGUCUGGCAUCUUUAUGCAUAGCUAAUCUCCUUUGUUCCAAUCUUGACUGCCAUAUAAGCCAAACUCAACUGCCUCUGAUAGCUCGUCUUCUUGAGAUUCUGCUUGCUCUGGCCUACGGAACUCUUGACUGGAAUGCCUUGUCAACUGGCUGGGAUAAAAGGUCUAGUAGGGAGACUAGCAACGUUGGAGCUUCACCCUCUUUUGAUGAGACUAGUGAUGAAGAGGCUGAGUCAGAAUUUGGGGACUUUACCACAACGGAAGGUCUUCAAUCCAACAACAGUGCCGAGUACCUCAAUCUAAUUUAUGAGAGCGCACUUGAGAAUGAAACCUAUCUAACAGAGGUUGCACAAACAACGGGUGAUGGCGAAUCUUUGUCCACGACUCAGACUGCUGGUUUCUCGCCGAGCCAUAUACGCGAGAAUUUGCAGCAGAAACGACGAAGACUCCGCAGAUGGCGUAUACGGCAACUCCGCGCGUAUCAACACAAGGUCCCGACGCUGGUGCUUGUAGGUUUGGUUCAAAAAGUCACCCUGAACAUCAAGGAAGAUUUGCACCGUCCAAACAUAUUGUACUUGUCACCAGUCAGACAGGCGGGCGUCAAAGCCAGCAUCGCAGACCUCUUCUCCUGCCUCUUCACCGACUCUCCAUCAGGCAGACCGGUCAUGGUGCAUUCAGUCACUACGCCCCAAUUUCCAAAAGUCACUCCCAAAUUGUCGGCCUGCGCAUCAAACGACGCCAUUGCCGGUGGACUCUUGUCUCACCAGUCUUCCCUCCCACCAAUGACACGAGCUGCCUAUGUAAAAACUUUCGGCGAGGCAUUUUUCGAGGGCAGUCGUCCUGCCCUUUGGAUUGACGUG